UGCAGCAGUCUUCGGUGCUGGGUCCAAAUAGGCCCUAGUUAUUGAGUGCUCUUCUCGCCAGUCAGCCACCUCGCUACCUCUUGGCCAGAAUCAGCUACUCUCCUUGCCAGCAGCUCCUCUGUGCCUGUCAUCCUUGCUUAAUCCCAGCCACCAACCCAUGACUGCCACAUAGCCCUGUGAUCCUAGGCAGCCACCGCUUAAGUACCAACAUCUGAGGGCUCACCUGUCGACGUAGUAUCUGGAACUAAGACCCAAGUCCCAAGCCCGCUCUCUCACCCACUGCCCCGGGGCCUCCGGGACAUCGAGCGCCGGAACAGAGGAGCCCCUUUGUGUCCAGGCCAUUUCCUGGAAAGUAGAGCCAGAUCACACUGAGGCCUUUGUGGAGCAUCCCCAUUGCGUCAAAGAUGAAAGGCUGGGGUUGGCUGGCCCUGCUUCUGGGGGCCCUGUUGGGAACUACCUGGGCCCGGAGGAGCCAGGAUCUACACUGUGGAGCUUGCAGGGCUCUGGUGGAUGAACUUGAGUGGGAAAUUGCCCAGGUGGAUCCCAAGAAGACCAUUCAGAUGGGCUCUUUCCGAAUCAAUCCAGAUGGCAGCCAGUCAGUGGUGGAGGUGCCUUAUGCUCGCUCAGAGGCCCACCUCACAGAGCUGCUAGAGGAGGUAUGCGACCGGAUGAAAGAGUAUGGGGAACAGAUUGACCCUUCCACGCACCGCAAGAACUAUGUACGUGUCGUGGGCCGGAAUGGAGAAUCCAGUGAACUGGACCUACAGGGCAUUCGAAUUGAUUCAGACAUCAGUGGCACCCUCAAGUUCGCGUGUGAGAGCAUUGUGGAGGAGUACGAGGAUGAACUCAUUGAAUUCUUUUCCCGAGAGGCUGACAAUGUUAAAGACAAACUUUGUAGUAAGCGAACAGAUCUAUGUGACCAUGCCCUGCACAUAUCCCAUGAUGAGCUGUGAACCACUGGAGCAGCUCAGACUGACAAGCUUGAUGGAUCACCCCCAGGAGGGGAAGAGGGUAGCGAUGCCUUUUAUAUUAUGUUUUUACUGAAAUGAACUGAAAAAAUAUGAAACCAAAAGUA